AUGGAAAAGAACAUCUGCUAUCGGCAACGAAGGAGAAAAGAAGUCGUCUACGACGACUGCGUACACUGUCUUCGCAGCUCCGACUUAAGAGGAAUGUCCCGUCUUCGCGACCCAGCAGAAUAUGUAUCGAAAGCUAAACAUAGAUGGGGCGGUCACAUCAUGAGAAGAAUCGACGAUAGAUGGACGAAAAGAACGCUAGAGUGGAUCCCAAGAGAUGCUAAACGCGCUUGA